AUGAAGAAGGGUAAAAAGUUCUUUCUGAAGAAGAAAGGUGUAAAUAAACCUAAAAUAAAAAAAAAAGGAAAAGCUGGAGAAGACAAGAUUGUAAAUAAAAAGGCGGUUUUUAAUAGAUAUAAGAAUGCACAGAAGAUCGCAGAAGAGAUGGAGAAAAAGAAAAGAAUGGAAUUAAAAUUAAAACAGCAAAAUAGUUAUAUAGAAAGUGAAGAGGAGGAAGAAGAAAAUGCUUAUGGACAGUUAGUGUCCUGUUUUACUUACAGUAAGAACAGAUUAGCCACUGAGAGUGAAGAUGAAAGCAGUGGUGAGGAAGAAGCUGCAGAUGAGGACAUGAAAGAAACUAAAUCAAGUACUAACGAUGGAGAUGAAGAUUCUUUAGAUGCAAGGAGCGAAAGUAGUGAUGACUACACUGAGGUUUUAAUACCAAAAGAGGAAGAAACAGUUGAAGAUGAAGCAGAUGAUCCUUUCAACAAGCAUCUGCUCUAUGAUCUUGGAGAUGAGUUACUUGUAUCGCUUAAUAGUACUUCACCCUCUUUAGAAAUUAUCAACAAGUCCUGGCCUACUUUAAAAAAUCUAUCUAUAGCAAUACCUAAGCCAAUAGAAACAUUAUCAAAAAAAGUUAAACCAAAAAUGACAUUAUUGGAGGAUAAAAUAUAUGCAACAACUGGAUCUCCACCCACAAUAGUCAACAAAGUAGACUUUCAAAAGCUUUAUAUUAAAUCACAAAUACAUGAUAAAAUAGUAUCAGCAAAUAAAACCAAUUUAAUAAAAAGAGAUUUAGAACUAUCAGAAAUAUUUACACCUCUUCAAAAAGAACUAUUCUCAAUUUUGAACAAUUAUCAAGAUUUAUACUAUCCAGAAAGAACAUUCACAAAUGCCAAUGAAAUAAGAUAUACAUAUUGUCUCCAUGUAAUCAAUCAUAUGUUAAAAACUAGAACUAAAAUUAUACAUCACAAUGCUAAAUUGUCGAAGAAAAAUGAUUUGUCUGAUGAUUAUCGGGAUCAAGGAUUGGUGAGGCCCAAGGUUCUGAUAAUGGUACCAUUCAAAGAUUCUGCUUACAGGAUUGUCAAAACUCUGAUUGACAUUUUAGUACCAAAAGAAGCAGGAGAAGUUGUAAAUAAAAAGAGGUUUGAAGAAGAUUUCACUGGUGGUGAACUGAUCAUGCCAAAGAAAAAUCCAAAGCCUGAGGACUAUGAACUUUUGUUCUGUGGAAACACUGAAGACACCUUUAGACUGGGAAUGACAGUAACAAAGAAAGCUCUCAAGCUAUACACUGACUUCUACUCCUCAGACAUUAUAGUGACAUCACCAUUAGGAUUAAGAAUGAUAGUUGGGGCAGAGGGUGAAGAGGACCGCGACUAUGACUUCUUGGCAUCUAUAGAAAUACUUGUCAUGGAUCAAACUGAUGUUUUCCUCAUGCAAAAUUGGGAUCAUUUAUUGCAUGUCUUGGAUCAUUUCCACUUGCAGCCCAAGAAGACGCAUGGCUCUGACAUCUCUAGAGUAAGGUCUUGGGCUGUUAAUGGUUGGGCAAAAUAUUAUAGACAGACUAUAAUUUUAUCAUCACUAGCACUACCAGAAAUUAAGUCGCUUAUCAACAAAAAAUGUCAUAACUAUGCAGGCAAAGUACUUGUAGAAAAUCCUCCAGAAGUUGGCAGUAUACAGCAAGUGAUGGUUCAAAUACCACAGAUAUUUCACAGGUUUACAGCAGCCAAUCCAUUGGAAUCAGUGGAGGCUAGAUUUCAGUACUUUAUCAAAGAGAUUCUCCCAAAACAACGUGAUAUGCUUAUGAGCCACACGCUCAUUUAUGUGCCCAGUUACUUCGAUUAUGUUAGGUUGAGAAAUUAUUUUAAGAAAGAAGACAUUGGCUUCGUCCAGAUAUGUGAAUAUUCGAAGGAUGCCAAAAUAGCCCGAGCAAGAGACAUGUUCUUUCACACAGAAGCCCACUUUAUGCUGUAUUCGGAAAGAGUGCAUUUCUUCAGGAGAUUUAGAAUUAAGGGCAUACGUCAUAUAAUUUUCUACCAGCCGCCCACAUAUCCGCAUUUCUUCUCAGAAAUGUGUAAUUUAAUGCAGGAGUUCAACCAGAACAAAUACGGCGGUAGUGAGUGCAAUAUGACGGUGACGGUGUUGUUCUGUCAGUACGAUGCGCCGCGGGCGGCCCUCGUGCUCGGCGCCUCCCGCCUCGCGCGCCUCCUGCGCUCCGACAAAGCCGUGCACAUGUACGUCACUGGAGAACAUUCAUAA